AUGACUUUCGAGGACCUUUGCCCGGCUUUCCGAGCCUACAACGCCCUCAACCGCCUCCCCCAGAACGCGCCUCCAUUCCCCUUCGCGAGCAAUGGCUACCCCAUCGUCCAACCCGGCGAGCGAUACUGUCGCCACCCGACAGGCACCGCAGGCGUCCUCUGCGGGAGAGUGACACAUCGAGCGUCGGACCUGCACAGGCAUCUCGCGCAGUUCCACCAAGUCGACCCCACGCUGCGACCUGCUGCGAGGAAGGGAAGGACGAGGACGGCGAAGGAAGUGCGGGAGGAUGCGGAGUUUUUCAGGGAGAUUAUGAGGGCUGAGGUUUAUGAUGAUACGGAGUUGACGUAUGAGGAGGUGAGGAGGAGGGUGAGGGAGAGGAGGGAUCGGGCGAAGGCGAGGAGGGAGGUGAAGAAGGGGAGAAGGGUGGCGGGGCAGAGGGGCUUCGGGGAAGGUGGAGCUGGUGAGGAGCGGGCGAGGGUUGUGGCCGAGGGGGAUGUUCUGUUCACGCAGGUGGCGCUUGGGGAUGAUGAGGGGACACCGAUCGAUGGUAAUCCUGGGGUCGAGGUUGGAAACGGGAAAUUUGAAGAGGAGAGGAGAGUGCAGGAGAUUGUGAAGAGGAGGAAUAGGAGGAAUAAGAAGCCGCUUCCUUCCAACUUCGGCGGUGGCGUCGAUGAGGAAGGGGAAGAAGACGAGGUCAUGAUUGUGCGGGUGGUGGAGCGCCAUCGUAGUGGCGAGCCGGUCCUUGAUGCGACUCACGCCUUUGGUGAAGAGACUACGAGAUUGGAAGCGGAGCAAGACGAGGAGUGCCAUGGUGAUGGUGAGCGGAUACCCGAUGCGAGCCUCGUCGUCGAUGUUGAGGAGGUGGAGAGCGAGGAGGGGCUUCUGGAACAGCAUGUGGAGCGUGUGGAUCACGAGACAGCAGUCCGUACGAAGGGUGCGGUUAGCGGUGCUGGCAUGGAGCUCAAGGAAGAAGUACAGCAGAAGACACCGGAGCGUCAGGACGAGGAAGACUGGGGUCUGGCUGCAGCGGCAAAGUUCCUCGACUCGUUUGACGGAUACUCCGGACUGAGUGAUUUCACGCAGAAGCCAGUGGAAAGGAACGACUCGGCGCUUUCUCAACCAUACGAAGACUAUAAUCGUCUGGAUCCGGACGUCGGCAUGCCAGACAUGUCUAUCAAGAAGCAGUCUCCAGAGACUCCCGCGGUACAGGCCAUUGCCAUGAGUCCAACUCCACCGAACGUUGAAGACGGGAUGGUGUAUAGGAGCCCGUACUUCUCGAAGAGCACGCACAUCUCUCCCGAGCCAAAGCCAAAGGACAUCGCCAAAAAGACACCUUUCGAUUGGAGCCCUUACAUCUCAAAGAAACUCAUUGUUUCUGAACCGAAGCACGAAGGCGAAGACGUUCAAGAACAAGACUGUAUCGACAGCGACGACGAUGUGGAUAGCAGCGCGGAGAAAGACCAAGAGAUCUUGGAGCUGGAGCUUGCGAAAAGCGAGUAUGUUCUCGAGUUGGCUCCUCUGAAGCGAAAGGAGGCUGAGGCCGAGUUGGGUCUGUUGGAGGUGGAGCAGAGGCUGAUGGAGGCGAGGGCGGCCUACGUGGCCUACAUGCAUCUGAGUCGGCUACCUAAGAACGCCCCUGAGUUCGAGUACGAUAAGAACGGAUACCCGGUGCUCCAUUUUGGGGAACGAUACUGUCGCGCAAUCCAUCCCGUCUCGGGGGUCAUAUGUGGACAGGGGCUCAGGCCACCUGCGACGACCAUGCUGAAGCUCGAGUACAAGAAAGCUGCCAGAUUUUAUGAGGAACUCAUGAAAUAUGAGACGUACGCCAACAAGAGAGUCGGAGUCGCGAAGAACCCAUCACUCAAUGGCUUACCAUUCGAUGAAGGCUCGCCUGAUGAGGAUGACGAUGAGCCUCUCAAGACCAGUCGACGUCGACCUGCGAUCAAGCAAGAAUCCGACCAUGCCGACAUCUCGGUGGACUUGUCUGAGGAGACACAGAUAGACGGCAAUGACAAUAUCGCCCUUACCAGCAACAAACGUCAUUCUCUCCAACCCAACGAGAUGGACACAAGGCAUGAGAGCAGGACCGAUGACAUGAACUCUGUUCUCGGCCGCGGAGACAUAGACAGAUCUGUCGCUCGAGGACACAUCCCAAAUGGUGGUCAGAAUAGUGAGGAUGAAGAGGAAUUGCGGCUGGAGCUUACCAAGGCUGAAGCAGAAGAGGAGUUGCAGAGAGUCAUUCUGCGGAAGAUCGAGCUGAAGAGGAAGCUGGUGUCGUUCCCGUCACCACAACCCUGCGACAUGGCCGACGAGCGUCCUGCAAAGCGCAGACGCUUCACAAGCGACAUCGUCACCAUCAUAGUCGGCACUGACAACGUCGAGACCUUCACGACCCAUACUGAAGUCCUCAAGAAGCACUCGCCGUUCUUCAAGGCCGCGCUCGACAAGAAGUGGCAGGAAGGCCAGUCUCUGCAGAUCGAGCUUGCCGAGGACGAAGUCGAAGUUGUCGAGGCAUACCUGGGCUGGCUCUACGAUGGGAAGAUUGAUCCGCCAACAUCACCACGCAAAGCCAAAGCCGAUACGACAUUCCCUUUCAUGGCCCGGCUAUAUGUCUUCGGUGAGAAGAUUCAAGACACCGCCUUCUGCAAUAGCGUCAUGGACGCAAUCACGAGCAUCCUGGAUGCACCAGAGUGGGAAAUCCUAAUGCCCGCAUUCGAAUCGGUGAAGAUCCUGUAUGACGGAACAGCUGAAGAUUCUCCAGCGCGGAAGUUUUUCGCCUCGUACUACCAACAAAACCUGGGCUUGGCUGCCGAUGCCCCUGCGUCGGAAUUGCAUCCAGAAUUCGCCAGAGACUUGUUAUCCUUGUACUCUCUGCAAGAGCCCACUGUGGACUACACGCCUGUGUUCCCACAGAGGGAGAAGUGGUACAAGACAGGCUGA